CUGAGGACAGUCAGCCUUCUCUCCCUCCGAGUCCCUCCCUACGAUCCCCCGAAUGGCUGUUUCCUUUGCUCGCCUGGCGGGCAAUGCCCCCAAAACGCUCUGCUUGCGCCCCUCCGGCAUUGCCAGGAAUACCACUAUCCCCAGAUCCCGGUCGAUUGCGACCUCUAUUCCUCGUCGAGCGGCAGAGGCUACCAGCUACCAGGCUACUCGCCUGAUCCCAACCGACCCGUCUUUCACACAUCUGGCUAACAAGGGCCCCAGCGAGUCCGAAACUCCCGCGGCUCUGGAGUCCGAGGCUGAAGGGGUCGACCGUAAAAUCCGCCAUUACACUGUCAAUUUUGGUCCCCAACAUCCUGCCGCUCACGGUGUGCUUCGAUUGAUUCUGGAGCUCAAUGGCGAGGAGAUCGUCCGUUCCGAUCCCCACGUCGGUCUACUCCACCGUGGUACCGAGAAGUUGAUUGAAUACAAGACCUAUAUGCAGGCUCUGCCUUACUUCGAUCGUCUAGACUACGUCUCCAUGAUGACGAAUGAGCAGUGCUUCUCGCUGGCUGUUGAGAAGCUGUUGAACAUUGAAAUCCCCGAGAGAGCCAAGUAUAUCCGCACAUUGUUUGGAGAGAUGACCCGAGUCCUGAACCACCUUAUGUCCGUCCUCUCCCACGCUAUGGACGUCGGUGCCUUGACACCUUUCUUGUGGGGUUUCGAGGAGCGUGAGAAGCUCAUGGAAUUCUACGAGCGAGUAUCCGGUGCCCGUCUCCACGCUGCCUACGUCCGUCCCGGUGGUGUUUCCCAGGAUAUUCCUCUUGGUCUCCUGGAUGAUAUCUACCAGUGGGCUACUCAGUUUGGAGACCGUAUUGAUGAGACCGAGGAACUGCUUACUGAUAACCGGAUCUGGAAGGCCAGAACCCAAGGUGUUGGUGUUGUGAGCGCUGCUGAUGCUCUGAACAUGAGCUUCACUGGUGUUAUGCUCCGCGGCUCCGGUGUCCCAUGGGAUAUCCGCAAGUCCCAGCCAUAUGAUGCUUAUGACAAGGUAGAGUUCGAUGUUCCUGUCGGUGUUAACGGUGACUGCUACGACCGUUACCUCUGCCGUAUGGAAGAGUUCCGCCAGUCCCUCCGUAUCAUUCACCAGUGCUUGAACCAGAUCCCCGCUGGACCUGUCCGUGUUGAAGACUAUAAGAUCAGCCCCCCUCCCCGUGCUGCUAUGAAGGAGGGCAUGGAGUCUCUGAUUCACCACUUCCUCCUAUUCAGCAAGGGUUACGCCGUCCCUCCCGGUGAGACGUACUCCGCCAUUGAGGCUCCUAAGGGUGAGAUGGGUGUGUUUCUGGUCAGUGAUGGUAGCGAGAGACCCUACCGCUGCAAGAUCCGUGCUCCCGGAUUCGCCCACUUGGGUGGUUUCGACCAGAUCUCCCGUGGUCACCUUUUGGCCGACGCCGUCGCUAUUAUCGGUGAGUGCCGCGAUAACUACCACCCCACUUUUAAAUUGAGAUAAAAUUACCUAACUAAACCUCUCUUCCAACUUCUAGGCACAAUGGAUCUCGUGUUCGGUGAAGUCGACCGGUAGAGUUGGAUGGAAUCGAAAUCUCUGAUCUCCGAAUCUUCUGUACAAAAAGCCCCUUCCUCCCCCGAGAUACAUCAGCUUGAUUUCGAG